AUGGGCCGGCAGGUCAGGCCGGAAACAUGUGCGCACUUUGGGACUCUGUCGCGGCGAUCGUGCGGGUGGCUGGGGAAUGGCGUUCCAAAGCCGUUAUGCCGUCUGGCGACGGCGCGAGCGGGAGUCCGCUCCAAUGGGAUUAAGCCCGGCGAGUUGGCAGCUGGUGGAGGGGGCGACGCUGCGGCAGUCGGGUCCUGCGGCCGAAGGCGCGCGGUGAAGCCACCGUUGGAGCGGAGGGCUGUGCGCAUGGCAGUGGGGACUCAAUUGGCAGGGCAGAAGGACAUGCCACUGCAGCAAAAGGCACUGUCAGGCCUGCUUGGACUGUCCUCAUUACCAUACAGUUCCUAUCUCCGAUCACCGCAAACAUUCCUUCACAGAGUAGAUGCACGCAUAAAACAGGCCGGUGUCGUCCUUAUCAUAUGGUCCCUGGUGGGCGGGUCGCAAGUUCGGCAAGCCACGAUCGCACUGUCCCUCCUCACCCUGACAAUGGCGACCCUGCCGCGACGAACAUGGUCCCAACAAUUGAGACCUGUGGCCAUCAUGGGCAUCUUCUAUUUCAUCAUCACAUCACUCUUUGCCGAUGGCGCCCCGCCUGUCACCCAGACACGCAGCCUGCCCACCUCCAUGGAUGCCACCCUGCUCCCCAUUGCUGCUGACUCCAGAUACUCGUAUGUCAUCUUCCGGUUCCUUUUCCUGACUGUCACUCAGAAGUCCGUGAAGCUGGCAGUGUCCACCGUGUGCCUCAUCUUCGUGGCCCUACAGAGCGCAAGCCUCUGCCUCACGACCACGCCGCCAGAGGAGCUGGCCUUCUCCCUGAGGUGGUUCCUCAGGCCCUGGGAAGCGAUCGGCAUGCCUGUGAAAGAGAUCACCCUCACCCUGCUGCUGUCCCUCAGGUUCCUGACUGUUGCAUUCGAUGAAGUUAGGAACCUUGCUUUGGGGGUGGCUGUCAGGGGUUUGAACUGGCGUGCCUUGGGCCUCGGGGGCAGCCUGCGGGUACUGGGAGGGGCGAUUGUGCAGCUUUUUAGGAAGCUGUUCAGCACCUGCGAGAACGUGGCGCAGGCAAUGCAGGCACGGGGGUUUACUGGGCCCCAGACGCACCGGCUGUACCUGAUGGAGAGUCAGCAAGUCGAUGUUGUCGCGAAUGUGCUGGCUAUUGUUGGGUUGGGGGCGCUGUUGGGAUUGACACGACUGAUUUAA